AUGAGUCCAAGUACUUGUUGGCUUUGCAGAAGAAAUGGGAUCAGUUCUAAAGUGUCUUUGGAGGAAGUGCUGCAAUGGUCCCAGUCUUUUGAAAAGCUGUUAGCAAGUAAAUAUGGGCCUGUGAUUUACAAGACCUACUUGAAGACAGAGCACAGUGAUGAAAAUAUAGAAUUCUGGCUUGCUUGUGAAGCUUAUAAGAAGAUCACAUCACAGAGGAAAAGGAUUUCCAUGGCCAGGAAACUUUUUACAAGUUACAUUCAGCCCCAGGCUCCCAAAGAGAUUAACAUUGACAGUCCUGCGAGGAAAGCAAUUAUAAGGAAUAUUCAAGAGCCAACACAGUCCUGUUUUGAAGAAGCACAGAGAAUAAUUUACAUGCACAUGGAAAGAGAUUCUUAUCCACGAUUUCUUGAAUCAAAGUUCUACCAAAACCUCAUACACAGCCUUCAAAACAAUGGCAGCAAUUCGAUGGUAAAUUAA